AUGUCAUUGUGGGAUCAACUAUCACUAACUUCGCAGAAAACUUCCAUUAGCCAGAAUCAUGGUAUAUGGAACGAGAUGUAUAAUGCGACGGUGGGAUCAAUGUUUGAGUUAAGCGCAAUAAUCCAAGGUAGAGCAGAUUCUGUUAAGGACAAUUUUAGAAACGAUAUAUCUAGUUAUAAGAAUUUCAUGUACCCGUUUCGCGGUUUUGUUGAAUUUCUAAGCUCUUACAGGUACUGGGGAUAUGCAGCAAUCAUUGGAAGCUGCUAUAUUAUCUUAUUCAUAAUGCUUACAACACUAUAUGCAACAUUUUUACUACCCAUCCUCUCAACAUGGCAGAUUGUGCUUUUGGGCCCAAUUGGUUUAGUCAUUUCUAUCAUGCAGAUGAUUUUGCAGUGUAAUUUAUGGACAGUCCGUGGCACAAAAUGGUUUGUAUUGCCAGUUGUUAAGGAAGACAUUUUCGAUACAUGUCUCAGAAGAAGAAAUCAUGGCGCUUUAUUAAACACCUUGAAGUUGAGGCCUUUCCCAGUGCCUCCAUCUUAUAAGAAAAACGACUUAGAGUUCUGGAUCUACCAGAUCCCGAUCCAAGUAUUUCUCGUUCUGUGCUCUAUCUCACGAUCUUUUUUUAUUAUUGUUCUAUCGUUAGUUCCAAUCAUUGGACCUACCAUAGCGGUUGUUCUAUUGAGUCCUAGUAGAUCAUACAACUAUUAUAAUACAUGGAUGACGCGUUUAAGAAUGACUUAUAAAAUGAAAUGCGACAGCUACUACGAGAAAUUAGGACAGCAUAUGGCUUUUGGGUUAUCUAGUGGUAUUUUUGAACUAUUCCCAUUGAUAUCCAUUGCGGGAAUGUGUAGCAACGUCAUUGCUGCUGCAUUACUAGUGGAAGACGAAAUCAAGCAUGAUAGGGUAGCACUCAGCCAAGCGGAACUAGCGGAAAUUAGGCUUCGCUCUGUGCCACAAGACUGA